GCUGGGGCUGAUGCUGCUCCUACCGUGCGGAUGGGGAAACAGCAAGGCUCCUGAGGCUGUUGCUCCCCACCAAAGUAAUUCUACUACUACCCAAAGUGUAACCACUACCAGUGCUACCACUACCAGUGCUACCAUCGCUGUUGCUCCCACCACCACCACCACCACCAGUGCCUCAUCCACCACCACGAAAACCACCAGCCCUACGACCAGCCAGUCCACAGCGGCAGGUCUCACCAGCACAACCAUCGCUCCGACCUCACCCCGAACCGAGGUCGGCACCCUCCUGACUUCGACCAAGCAACCAACAUCCACCCCCGGUAGCACAACCAGCCCUAAGGUCCAAUCUAGCACCGUGGGCUCGGUCGACAACAAGACCAGCGUCUCAGCUGGUGGACACUCAGCCCAGGGGGUCUCCCCCUCUGCCACGACCCAGCUCACCAGCCCAACCACGUCCCUCUCUGCCUCCACAAGCCACAGCUCCAAGGCUACUGCACAGUCCAAGCCAGCCUCUACUACUCCGGCUCCAGGGAGCACCUCCCCCUCCGUGACAGGUGAGAGCCAGCAGGUAACCACUGCCAAGGCAGUAAUAACUACACCUGAGAAGACACUGGAGCCCCAGAUCACCAGCACGACGAAUGUCAGUGAUUCAAAAACCCCCAGUGUGAGCCCAACAUCCCCCUCCAGCUCUACCGUCAUUGCCACCGCUGCCGCCGCCACCACAACCACCAUCACCACUGCCACCAACUUGACUACCAACUCCGGGAGUGGGUUGGGAGGGACACCCAAUACAACCUCUGCCAGCCUGAACAGCUCGACCAGCCCAACAUCCAUGCUGCCCCGUGGUUCCUCCUCACACCAUCCAGCCACCUCACCAUCUUCAAGCCCCUCCACAGGCCUCACCACUUCGCCCUCUCCCAGUGACCAUGACCUCCCCUGGUCCCAGCCCCCUGGGCCGGCUGUCCCGGACAACAGCAGCAGCACAGCCGUGCUCAACAUGGUGACCUGCGAAGACUGGAAUUCCACCAGUGACAAGGAUCUAAUAUUGGAAAUACGCAACCCCUGUGAGAACUUCCAGGAGAACCCGUUCUACUUGACGCUGUGCCAGCUCACCAGGACCAACUUCAACAAAUCCCGGGACCUUUGCCACGUGCGGUUGGGUCACCAGCCCGGACAAUGGGACAGGUUCACGCUCAUCGAGGUCUCGGUGAAGACGACGCUCGGGACCCAGGAUCUGGUGGAAGUCCUGAAGGACAAGUGGGAGGAUCUGAAACAGGCGGGAGUCACUAACAUAACAUAUGCCGGGAAACUACUGGAGGGCGAGGACGAGGACCGCUUCAGUAUGCCUCUCAUCAUCACCAUCGUCUGCAUGGCCUCCUUCCUGCUCCUUGUCGCUGCCGUUUAUGGCUGCUGCCACCAGCGCUUAGCUCUGAGGAAGGACCAGCAACGGUUGACGGAGGAGCUGCAGACGGUGGAGAACGGUUACCAUGACAAUCCCACGCUGGAGGUGAUGGAGACCUCGUCCGAAAUGCAGGAGAAGAAGGUGGCCAACCUCAACGGGGAGCUGGGGGACAGCUGGAUCGUCCCCCUGGAUGACCUGACCAAGGACGACCUGGACGAGGAGGACACCCACCUGUGAGCCGCCCCCCGCCCACGCCGGCGCAACCAUGGAGCUUCAGACUGUCGACCGCCAGAAGUGUCCUUCCAGGGAGAGGGGGAUGGACGCCCCCCACGGUCCUGGGUCCUCAGCCUUUCCUCCUUUUCAAGCCAACCGAAAAAUACUUUCUUGGUCCAGACUCCUUGCAAAGUAAUAAUCCACUAGUGCCUGAGCUGAGCGCUGACAGGAGGAGAGGGCAAAGUUUGGGCCCUUCUCCCCGACCCCGGGGCCCCCCCAAGAGUCAAAUGAGGCUCCCCGCUGGAAAGAGUCAGCUCGCAGGCCCCUGCUCCUGGGAGAUCCCGUCAGUCCCGAAGCUAGGGGUGCAAGGUGGUGGUCAGGCCCCUCCUGGCCCGUCACCUAUCCUCCCCUCAGCCUCCAUCCCAGGCCUUCCGGAGGCCUUCUGAGCUCCUCCCACCAGAUGCUUAUUUCCCCGCUGAAAAUUCACAAGGCGGGACUCACCCUGCUCUGGACCCCUCGGGCCCAAGUAUGGCCGUGGAAGGAAAUCCAUCCCCGCCGGUGGUCAGGGCCGACGCUCUCAUCCCCUGCAUUGGGCCCCCAGUCCGGGACCAAUUCCGUUGGCUCCCUUCCCCCUUCAAGCCUCUGCAGCUUCUCCCCUGGGGAUGACCCCACCGUGGGGAGUGGGCCCCGGGCCCCUAUAGCUGUCGAGGGCAGCAGCAGGCAGCGGAGAGGACAUCACCCACUCCGUAGUGGAGCCGGGGACCACCCGACGGAGAAAAACCAUCCGGCCCGGAGAAAGCCAGCUACCGGGUGAGACCCGCCCGCCCCUCGCCAGAAAGAGCCCUUAAACAAACAUGAGUGUCUUAAACCGAAAGAUGAGCGACAAUCAGCCCAACAGGAAAAGGCAGGGUUCCCUCCGACCUGCGGGAAACUCAGGGACUUUCCAAGUUGCUGAGGGUUAGCGAGUCUGUCACCUCGCACCCCUUCCCACAGCUCCCCUCGGCGAUGGACCCUCUGUUUGAGCAACCUCCCACGCCCCCCGGAGUGGAAGGCUGGGGGUCAGAGGAAGGGUGGGGGCCAGGCCUGCCAGGUUCUAAGGGAAAGUGACUUUUUACCCCUUGGAGGCCCGUUACAUCUGAUUCCCACAAGACUGCGGCAGGCAGGGAAGAUGGAUGAUCAGAGAGAGAGAGAGAGCAGCCUGGGGUUAAGCUGUGCAAAGUCAGAGCUGAACAAGACUCUGAGAGUUCAUCCAAUUCAGCCUCCAGCCCCGGGGCACAGGGGCUUUUUUUUUUUUUUUCCAGGUUUUUUUUCUGUUUUAUAACUGAUCUAUUCUUAUCAAUAGGGGAAAGAGGUGUUAUCUUAAGGAACCAAAUGUCUCAGCUUCAGGGCAAGGCAGCAGAGCCCUCUGGUCCCUGAAGCAGCAGGGAGAGGGAGAGAGAGAGUGUGGCCUGAACGACAGGUUUGCCUUUAAACUGCCGCAGCCCUUUAAAUGUUCCCGGGGCAACCGGGUUCUGAAUCUUCACUUUUCAGGGAAGCGGGUUCAAGAAAAAACACAGGUCUUCUAGGUAUCCCCAGCCAACAGGGUCAUUUUGCCCAAACCCCUUGGGGAGUGGGUGGAGGCCUUAUUCAGAGGUUAUUUUCCUUUGGCUAGAGCUUCCUUCCGGCUUCAGGAAUUCCACUCCUGACAGUCAGGGACAAUCAGGCAGGGAACCCUCUGCGUGGGACUGAGGGUCUCUCCAUAAUCCUGGCUGCCAUGUGGACUUCCCAUAACUGACCUUGGAUUCCACCCCCUCGGGUUCCAAUUUCAUCACCUCCAGCCUUGGGUCUGCUCGGGGCAGAAUCAGCCAGACCCUCGGAGAAAGGGCGUGAAGGGGGGGACCCUACUCACUGAUCUGGUGCCUGGUCUCAGAAGCUGUUGGCAGGGAAACCCCACAGAUGGGAGAGGGGAAACCAGGGUUCGAGAAGAAAGUAGGAAUCCAAGCAAAGGUCCACCUCCCAGAAGUCUCUAAAAAGAAUAAAUAAAAAGGACUAGAAUCAGGAUAGCUUCCAAAUCAGAAGUCAGGAUAUGGCUUUGGUGGGCACAAGGUUUUCGUUUUUUUCUUAUUUCCUCUUGACAAAUGACUAAGUAGAAAAGUUGGCAUGGAAGUUAGGAACUAUUUACUCCCCCUCUAGAGAGCUUUUCCCCUCUCCUUGAUCAAAAUCCCGAAGGACGGAGUUUGAAAACAAAUUCAAGCCAAUAUACGUGUACAUGGCUAUUCGGAAAGGUAAAGGAAGUGGCGCCGGGAGGGACACCAGCCUCCUUUCAGACCUAUAAGAGAGAGAACUUAGAAAUUAGACGUGUGCCAGGGGUGGACAUUUGUCUCACUUGCUAAAGGGAAUGUCUGGGCUUGCAAAGAGAAAUGUGAAGGGCUGAGACCAGUUGGAAGAGGGGCACCCCACUUUUUCAGCCCCUCUGGAACUCCCGGGAGCAUUUUUAUUGCCUCGCUGGUGCCCUGGGGGCUCAAAAGAAAGAAUAUUCCUCUCUCAGGGCUACGAUCGACCCCCGGCAGGACCCUGCCCAAAGCAUUUCCAAGGCUGUGAAGGCAGUGGCUGUUCUGACUAAACAAGGCAGGGUGUGGGAGUUAGAGGGGAUGAUUUCCCAAGUUUCAGACCUGGCAGACAAUUCCCACAUAGCCAAACAUCUGAGGGUGAGCCGAUCACCCAGGCAAGGAGUAUGGUGCCUGGUGUUUAAGGCAUUUAAAACUAGCUAGUUUCAAGCUUUUCCAACACUUGUAAUUUUGCCCGUCCUAAGGACCGAGCUGAUUCUGACAGACCUGCUGCCCCGGGGCCCUUGGGCAACCAGGCAGGGAACCGGCCUUAGGAUAAAUCUUUCUGUUGCAAUGAUAGCCCUUGGGAUCAGCCCUCCCAGAGAAACCCUGGACAGCUCUGGAUCAAGCCCUGUUUAGAAAGAGUGGACCCAGCUGAGACCGACAGUUUUCCUCUCUGACUACUGUCAGAGGAUGAUCUGACUCAUCCCAAGCCAUCAUAAUCUUCUCCCGUGAAGGAUUUGAGGGGGAUGGGUACAUCGGGGUGGAAGUUGGGGUUCUACAAGGCAUCGGGGGAUGACCCCACGAGCCCCCCUGGCUUGCAAAAUUCCCUUUGAGUCACGCACCAAUGGCUUGAGACCAAAGUCAAGUUUGGCUUGCCAACAGCAGCUUUCUCAUAGGGCUCGUGGUGGUGAACAUAGUGACCGCUUAACUUCUCCUCCCCCUUUUGCCCUUUUACAGGAAGAAAACAAAAGAGCUCUCACAAAGAUCCGCUUUUUUUUUUUUUUUUAGUUCUCAGAAUUGUACAUGGAAAACGGAAGAUAAUCACUUUUGCACCUUAGAGCCUCUAUGAGCUGGGCUGGGGAGUAUAGGGGUUUGGUGGGGUGUAGAGGUAUUGGGGGGUAGAGAGGACCAUGGAGUUGGGGUUGGAGGGGAGGGAGACUUUGGAAAUUCCAACGGGACAUCUCCUCACAAUCCACCCCCCUCUUCCCCAGCCCUUUCCCCCUGUGAGGCCAAACCAAGCCUCCUGACUCCCAUGAAGGCUCAAUCCAAACCGCAAAGGGAAAAAUGCCCUUCUCCCCCGGGGAAGGCGGGGGGAAAGACUUUUCUGACGCUGAAUGUCUCACACACACGGGUCAGUUCUCCCAGGGGCUGCCAAGGGUGUGUGCCACAUGGACAGGGGUCUGAAUUACACUGGAAUUUAUUAACUGGAUUGUAGAGACUACGGUGAAUCCUUACAUUUUCCUACAAAAAUCUAUUUUGAGAAACUGCAUAUUCUGUUCAUUAAAGUUCUUUUGUGUAAUUGG